AGCUUUCAUCUGAUUUUCUUUCUCUUCAUAGAUCAGCCACAACAAGGGCCUGUUGUUGUCUAAAAAAUGAACCUAGCUGAACCGGGACGUAUUGAAAGGGAAGAGGCUCCUGUUCUUCAUUUGUUAUCCUAGCUGCAUAUUUGCAGGAGUCUUGCAUUUCUUAAGCUGCAUCCACAUUUUUGGGACUUGCCAAGGCUUGCUGGGGAGUGACCGAACAGCUGGGUGCCAAUUUACUGCACACUCCCUACUCUGCACUAAGUCUCUGCGUAAUCCUUUGACAGGAGCAUAAGCUAUCACACAAAAAAGAAGAAUUGAGCAUGGGGAAAGUGUGUCCAGUUUCUUCUGCUCUUCCUCUGUUUCCUGGCUUAUUGGACAGCUUCCAGGAUGGAACAUGAGGCUACACAGCUAGAAAAGCAGCAUGUGCAUAGUGUGUAUGAAAAUACAGCCGCCUACUUCAAUGAUCUACAGAGCAAAGUGUGGCCUCGUGUCCGUCACUUUCUGCUGGAGCAGAAACCUGGCAGUCUCGUUGCAGAUAUAGGUUGUGGAACUGGAAAGUAUCUCAGUGUCAACAGUCAGGUGUAUAAUCUCGGCUGUGAUUACUGUGGACCAUUGGUAGAGAUUGCAAGGAGGAAAGGUGAUGAAGUUCUGGUAUGUGACAACCUUAACCUUCCCUUUAGGGAUCAAUGCUUCAAUGCAGUCAUUUCCAUUGGAGUGAUCCAUCAUUUCUCAACUAAACAAAGAAGAAUCAAAGCAAUAAAGGAAAUGGCAAGGGUGUUGAUACCUGGAGGCCAGAUGAUGAUUUAUGUUUGGGCUAUGGAACAAAAGAAUCGCCGCUUUGAGAAACAAGAUGUUUUUGUUCCUUGGAACAAGGCCUUGUGCUCACGGCAUUUUUCAGAAUCGAAUCAAUCCGGAGAUAGGGGUGAACUUGUGCAUACUGUAAAAAGCCAAGAUAUACACCCUGCACAGCUGGUCAUCUCUGAUUGCAGCUAUCCAACCAAUCUGCAGUCAGAUAUUGAUUCAAAACAUUCCCACAAUAUGGAGCAUUGCCUGUCCAGAGCCUGCUGCCUGAAAAUUUCUGAAGAAGAAAACAGAUUUUGCAGUGCUCUAGGAAGAUCUUUCCGUUCAUGGUUUUUCUCCAGAUCCUUGGAUGAAUCAGCCCUGAGAAAGCAAACUGAGAAGAUGAAGCCUGUGAAGAAUGAAGGAGAAUGGGAAAGCAGUGCCAUAUCCAUUCAGCAUUCAAGACACUGCAGUUUGGAUUUAGGUCCUCAUGGGGCAUUGUUAAAAGAACAAAGUUUAGAUGAUGAUGAUGUGUUUGUGGAAAACCUGCCUCUCAAAAAAACAGCUUGGUUACCAGCCACAGAUGCACUGAAGGAUUUAAAUCUAAAUGGAGGACACCAAAGUGUAAUUCAGAGCAAAAGUGAAGAAACUCCAUUUUUGAGUGGCCCAAUGGAAGACAGGGACUACAGCUACAGUUAUAACAAAGAUGAUGCUGGUAAGUCUAAUGCCAGCAAAUUUUUCAAAAGAACUUCAACAACCGACUCCACUGAUUCUGCUUUGGAUUCAGCAGUGUCUAUUGGGGACCAGACUGCUGACACACUGGAUACAAAAGCCUUCAUGCGUUAUUACCAUGUUUUUCGGGAAGGGGAGUUGUGCUCUCUGGUAGAAGAGAAUAUGCCUGAGCUUCAGAUACUUUCUUCCUGCUAUGACCAUGGAAACUGGUGCAUUAUUGCAAAGAAAAAGGGGAAAUAGUUGUAAAAAGAACAAAACGGAAUUUCAGUAACGGGAUUUUAAAAAAUAAGAUGCUUCUUGUGUUCCUGUGAUCAUGCAGUAUGACAUGGAAUUUCAAUCUCAUGUAGCUGUGUGCCAUCCAUUUGCAAUUUUACUGUCUACCUAUAUAUCUGUCUAAUGCAAGUUCUGUAUAUAGAAAUGUAAGUGGUUAACAAUAUUUAUGUUUUGUUAAACUUUUAUGAGGUUAAAAUUGGAAAGUUUUAUAUUGCUUUUAGCAAAUAACAGUGUUUUUAAAUAUACUUUUCUAUUGAAAAUAAAACCUUUUUAUAAGACAAGGAAGGGAUCAGGGCAUCUUUUGUGAGAAAUAUCCUUUCAGUAGAAAGUUAAGGCUUGGUUCUUCAACCUUUUUGACAUAACUUAAACAUGUGUUACAUUACUCCCUGUUCUGAUAUAGUUGUCCGAAUCUCAGUGUCCUACAGCUAGACAGAUAGGUACAUCUUAAAAUGUACUUGAAUGUAGGCUGCCUGAACACAUGCUGCAGAACUGGCAGCAAGCAUGGUCCCAGUGCUACUUAUUUCAGAGUAGAGUUGUUAAUAGGCAAAAACCAUGUACAAAACAAGCUCUGCAUAUUCUGUCAUUAGAGGUUUCUAUUUGUGACAAAGUGACAGGACAGAUUUUGAACAGUAUUUUGGUCUUUUCUUUAAAAAGCAAUUUAAUUGGUGUCUCAGGUGGAGGGUAAGUUUUGUAUGUUAGUUCUCACAAAUACUUUAUCUUAAUUUUCUUUGCUGUAGUUUUUCUCUGGUUAUGCGUACAGAAAAGUCAGAGAGGUUAGUGAGAGUAUCAGUAUUACCUAGAGGUUACAAGCUAUAAAAUACAUUGAUAUACAUAUAUGUUUUUGAUAAGCCUGGGAAGCUAAGGUAAAAUGAAUGAAAUUCUAGUGCAUAUCUGGUCAGCUGUCAUAUUUGCUCUCCUCACUCACUCACCUGAGAAUAUUUACUAAAGGUCUUUUAAAUAGUGUAGAUAGGAAGAGGAUAUGAGUCAAGUUUGUAAAUAAAAUAUUGUAAAUCAGAUUACAAACUAUUUAAAAUCCCUGUCUUCUGCACUUUAAAUGAGUCUUUUGAAGUUCCUGAUGUCUCUUGGUGUUGGAGACCUAAAGGAUAAUUUACUGCUAAAACAGCUUUCCCUUUCCCCGUAAAACAUAAUUUUUGCUGAGCACUGUGUCCAGUCAUCAUGCAAUUGUACCAGGUUGUAUCACUGGCACUCACAGAGUUCCUCACACUCAAAUAAACUGAUCCCUUUCAGUGGGACUGGUUAUGAGGUAAAGUUAUAAGUGGCAUAGAUAAAAUAAUGUCUGCCUCUGGCUUAUGAAGAUCAAUAAUAAAACCGCAAUUGUUAUCAAUGAAAGCAAGGUUGGGCUGUGCUAACUGCUUUGUUUGCAUGUAGUUACUCCAUUUCCAGGCUUUAUUUGCAGUCAGUGGUUUUGGAGUAGGACACGUCUCCUGCAGGUGUGAAUUGGCAUGAUUUCUGGACCAUUUAAUGCAGCUACGCAGCUUCACCCCAAACCCCUUUGGAGAUGCAGUGGUUUUAGAGACCCACGUAAUUAAAAUGUCUGCCCACAUAAUUAAGAUUCAGCAAAGAACUUUUUGAAAUAUAAAGCAACAGCAUUGAAAUAUCAAAUUUCUUGCACAUGCUUUUUAAACUUUUCCACUCUGUGCAGUGUAAGUAGAUGGAUUUUGGGUCAUUCAGUAGAAAGCACUGACAGUUGUGAAUGCUUUCAGAUGUAGCUGGCCAGGAGUAAUUACUACAUGGUUAUGUAUUGUAUUUUUGUUUGCCGAAGUGAUGCCUGUAGACCAAACAUCUUUGUCUUUCUCAUAGUUUGGGAUCCUUGUACUUUAUCUGUCCUGGGACUGUGCCAAGUACAGGAGGGAAAUACCUACAUUGCUCACUGCCUUUUGAAAAUAAAAACAUAGUCAAAGAAACAUGCAUCAGAGACUUCUGAAAUAUUAUUCCACUCCAAAUAUCACUUUCAACACAGCCCAGGGCUAUGCUUCUCCAACCCUGUGUCCAAGUCUCGCUUCAGAAAACCAGCAAUGUUUCCUGCACUGACAGAUCCAGCUGCUCCCCGCUCACAGCCCCAUGGCUGUUCCCCUUGCACCUGCAAACUCAGGUCUUAGAAAGCUGGUGCAAAAAUCCCUUGCGGGCGUAUCGCAGAGCCGGCAUGGAUCGUGCUGAGCUCAACACCUCGCCUGCAGUGUGCCCAUACCCUGCCGGGGAGACUUGCCUCAUUCCUUGGGAACAUCCGGAGGAGCUCGAGGAUUUCAGAAGUGAACCCAGUUGCUUCCAGAUAAGAUGUGCUAGUGGAUAUUCAGCACCUCUGAAAUUCGGGUCACAUUUUGGUAGGAGGCAAUUGAUCAUCGUCGUGUAGCCAACUUUGAAAGUUUGUACCUAAACUCCAGCAUGCAGGAACUCCUUUGUACAUAUACAAAUGUAUUUAUAAAAAUGUGUAAAUGUAAAGUGUCAGCCAGGGUUAGUUAACUGGGAAAAGGGGCAUUAUAAUUUUGUUAUCUGCAUUUCUGAUAUCUAUCCAUGGAGUUUUCAGUGUGUAGCCAAGCAGGCUGAUAAAUUUGGGGUGAAUUAAGGAAGGAAACAUUUCCAUUCUCUUUACAACAGAGUCUUAUUAUCCUUGCAAAAGGCCGAACCUAUAUUUUAGGCUCUUGUAAAGACUUCCUGCGCUGUCAGCGGUAUGAGUAAGAGCUGUCAUCUCGAAGCCACUAAGGUGUCUUUAAACCGCUUCUGUGUUUGUGGAAUUUUCAUGCAUUGUUUGACUUGAGAUUCCUGACGGGGGAUGCUUUUCACCAUCACUUAUUUCUAUAUUGGAUUUUCUCUCGUUUUGAGCUGACGCCAUUAGGCUGAGUCACAUACAAGGUUUGGAUUGUGUCAUUAUAAAUCGCGGGGCAGGGCACGGUGGGUUAACCAUGCUGGAUUUAAAUAUUCAGUUUUCCCCUGAGGACGUAUAACCCCCAUGUAGCGCAAUCGUUACAGCUUGAGGAUCAGUCAGACGAGGUCACGAAAUCACAGGUCUGCGCAGCGAGCGUCUGAGUCAUGCCUUUAUUCAAUCUCCAUCUUCUAAGGGAGGCUACCGACUUCCGCGGCAGCUUCGCCAGCUCACGAGAAGCCAGCCUGCCUCGCUCAGAGCGCUGCCCGUGUCUCUUUUGAUUGAUUUCUCUUUUGAUGCGGCCCAUCUCCAGCAAAAUGUCAUUUCCCAAAUAAUCCAUGUGAUCCCAGUCGUUACUACCUUACAGAUGUACUUAAUGUGCUCAGAGAAGUGUGUUUGCCUUUGAAAAGCCCGUAAGAAAUAACUGAAUAGAUAAGUACAAUCCAGCUGUCCUUACAUGCUAAAAAUCACAGUGAUGUCCAGACUGCAAGAUCUGACUGUUACAAGGUAAAAAUGAGAACGUAGUCCUGUGUUUCUCCUCUGAUGGAAGGGCAAAAUUGUCCCCCUGGUUCGGCCAAUAUCAAACCUGCUUGACUUCAGUGGGCUAGGAUUUCUCCUGCGUUGCUGAUCUAGCUUUAACUGGCGCAUGGAGAUGUUGUAAUUACACAGGAAAGGAUGCCCUGUUUCCUUACAAUUUAAUUUACUAAUAUCCUUGUCAGUCUGAACCAGCUCAAUGCAAGCCGCUACCUUAUUAACUCUUCCAGACUAUAAUCCAAAUGGACAGCUGUAAUAAAAAAGAUACAGUUAAACAGACUUAUUUUUGAAGGACUACUACAAUUGCAAUAUUUGAUAAAUGAUACUUAAUCUUUUUUUUUUGUUUGAAUACAUGAAAAUAUUUAUAUUAGAAGUGCAAAAAUAUUGGUUUUUUUCUACAAAUGGCAACUAUUUUACUUUCUUCCAAGCUUAUAGUACAGGAAUUUUAAAAGCACACGUGAGAUACGAAAACUAUAAAUAUUCUAGCAGAUCUUUUGUGAUAUGUAUUUAUAUACAAGUUAUUUAUGCGCACACUUUAAAAUCACGCAGGGUGAAGAGAUGUGUAUCUUAUACCAGCAGAGUGUUGUUAGCAAACCACCUCAAUAGAUCCUGGAUAGAAGUAAUGUCUGUGGUCUUGUGGCCUCUCUGCUAUGUCAUGUCUCCAUUGAGCUGUAUUAGUAUCAACAUUGUGUUGAUUCUAUUGAUCUACCGAUUUUUCUUGCUCAGCACAUUUACAGCAUUUGUGACCACUUUACUACUCCAGGAAAAUUAAGUGUGUCAGUGUUAAAUAUAUACAAAUGCCUACCUACUUUGUGACUUUAGCCUUUCUUAUUCUUACAGUGUAAUAAUUCUGGCAGCUACCCAUGAUUUUAUCUUCUAAUCUGCCAGACAAAACCGUGUUUAGGUACUGCUUUGUAAUCAUUUCUUUGUCCCCCAUGGACCUUCUUAUAUUAUCUAGUAUUUAAUGGGAAAUAAAUCCUACUUGGUUAAAAUAUUGUUUCCUACAGAACUUCUAUGCUUUAAGGUUAGUUAAUAAAUAUGAUAUUAGCUACUGGAAA